CUAGGUGGCAUUAUUCCACCAAACUUGGAAAAGUGCAAAAAGCUUAAAUUCUUGUCAUUGUCUGUAAACAAGUUCACUGGAACUAUACCGAGGGAGUUAGGCAACAUAACAAAUCUUGCAAAAUUACACCUUGGAUUGCUGCACUUCAAAGGAGAGAUACCAGUGGAGCUAGGUAAUCUUAAGAAACUACAGAUUCUGUCAUUAUCCGACUGUAAGCUUACUGGUUCCAUCCCCACAAGCAUUUUCAACAUGUCAGCGCUGCGGGCAGUCGUACUUGACGAAAACAUGCUUUCAGGUAAUCUACCAGCAGAUUUAGGCAGUGGGAUCCCCAGCCUAGAAACAUUGUUUUGUGCAAACAACAUUCUGAGUGGAUUUAUAUCUGCUACUAUCUCAAAUGCUUCAAGACUCCGUGAGAUUGAUCUUUCAAUCAACAGUUUCACAGGUCCAAUUCCUCAAUCACUUGGUAACUUAGAAAACCUUGAGAUUUUGGACCUGCAGUUGAACAAUUUUGUCAGCGAUUCAACAUUGAGCUUCCUGACAUCUUUGACACACUGUAGGAAACUGAGAGAACUCAAAUUUGGUAAGAAUCCCUUGGAAGGUUUUUUCCCUGCAUCAAUUGGAAAUUUCUCUGAUUUUCUGCAAAUUUUCGAAGGAUGGACUUGUAAACUGAAAGGCUCCAUUCCUGGAGAAAUUGGUAAUCUUACCGGUGUGAUAAGGAUAAAUUUUUCAAAAAAUGAUUUGACUGGACAUAUUCCAAAAACUAUCCAAGGCAUGCUGAACCUUCAAGAAUUUUACCUAGAGAGCACCAUGAUAGAAGGAAUCAUACCAGAUUCUAUCUGCAAUUUAAAGAAUCUUGGAGCAUUAUACUUGUCAGGUAAUCAAUUUUCUGGUCGCGUGCCACCUUGCUUAGGAAAAGUUACCAGUAUGAGAUAUCUUCAUCUAGCAGAUAACAUGCUUAAUUCGAGUUUACCCGAAAGCUUGGGGAGCCUUCCUGAUCUCAUAGAGUUCAAUUUUUCAUCCAAUUUAUUGCAUGGCAAAAUUCCUAUUGAGAUUGGAAAUUUAAAGGCUGCAACACUCAUUGAUCUGUCAAAAAAUGAUUUUUUUGGUAGGAUCCCUAGCACUCUAGAGGGUCUGGAUAGAUUGAUUAGUCUUUCUCUAGCACAUAAUAAAUUAGAUGGGCCUAUUCCAGAUUCAUUUGGCAAAAUGCUGGCCUUGGAAUACUUGGAUUUGUCCAGUAACAAUCUUAGUGGUGAAAUCCCAAAGUCAUUAGAAGCUCUUGUGUAUCUCAAAUACUUGAACUUCUCAUUUAAUGAACUCAGUGGAGAAAUUCCCACGGGUGGUCCUUUUGCAAGUGCCACAGAUCAAUCUUUCUUGUCCAAUUAUGGGCUCUGUGGUGAUUCUAAGUUUCAUGUUUCACCAUGCGUCAUCAAAUCUCCCAAGAGGUCAAAGAAAAAAAAGGCAAUAUUGGUUUUGGGAGUAGGUAUGCUAUUUCUUGCAUUAGCCAUCACAUUUGUAUUUUUGAGAUUGAGAAAGAAAAAAAAGAAUGCAGGUCAAGGUGAUCUGUCUCUGAUAAAAUGUCAUGAAAGAAUUUCCUAUUAUGAACUUGAACAAGCAACUGAAGGAUUCAGUGAAAGCAACUUGCUUGGUAAAGGGAGUUUCAGCAAGGUCUACAAAGGGAUACUUAAGGAUGGUACUCUUUUGGCAGCAAAGGUAUUCAAUGUGCAAUUGGAGGGUGCAUUCAGGAGUUUUGAUACAGAAUGUGAGAUGUUGCGCAACCUCCGCCACCGAAAUUUGACCAAAGUCAUCACCAGUUGCUCCAACCUUGAUUUCAAAGCCUUAGUGUUGGAAUACAUGUCCAAUGGGACACUUGAUAAAUGGCUAUACUCUCACAACUUGUUCUUGGAUUUAUUUCAGAGAUUAGAUAUAAUGAUAGAUGUUGCAUCUGCAAUGGUAUAUCUCCACAGUGGUUGUUCAAAUCCGGUGGUGCAUUGUGACUUAAAGCCAAGCAAUGUCUUGCUAGAUCAAGACAUGGUUGGCCAUGUCAGUGAUUUUGGCAUUGCAAAAUUGUUAGGUGCAGGGGAGACUUUUGUCCAAACAAGGACAAUAGCAACCAUUGGAUAUAUUGCUCCAGAGUAUGGACAAGAUGGAAUAGUAUCCACAAGCUGUGAUGUUUAUAGUUUUGGCAUCCUGAUCAUGGAGACGUUUACAAGAAUCAGACCAGGUGAUGAAAGAUUUACUGGAGAGUUGAGCAUACGACAUUGGGUAAGUGAUUCUUUUCCAGAUGAGAUUCAUAAGGUGGUGGAUGCUAAUUUGGUACAGCUAGAGGAUGAAAGAAUUGACGCAAAGAUGCAGUGUCUGUUGUCUAUCAUAGAGUUAGCUUUGAGCUGCACUUUAGUGACACCUGAUGCAAGAAUUAGUAUGGAAGAUUCUCUUUCAACACUUCAAAAGAUCAGGCUCCAGUUUGUCAAUAGUCGCCGCUAGGUGGAAUUAGACCAUCCUCUUAUGAUUGAUGCUUGAUUACCUAUGUCAGUUCCGCUAUUUAAGAUGAAUUCAGUUUUAUACUUCAUAUUAUGUAUUCUUUCACUUUU